AUGUACACCCAAUACAAGCUAUUGGAUCAAGUAGAGGGGAAGGAGGAGAUGCUGGAGGCCGCGGAGCUGAAAGGAGCGUGGAUGAAGCGAGCGUUCGACGCGUACGUGCUCAUGGUGCAAGCGGUUGGAGGACGCCAACUUCACCACAUCAAGGACCUCUUGGGAGACUUGCGGCAGCGGAGUGUGGAGCGCUCGGAGGAGGGGGCUGGCUAUGGAGUUGGAGGUGGAAAGAGUGGCUUCAAGAAGAAGUGGAAGGGCAAGAACAAGGAUAACCCUAAGGAGGAUGGCGGCGGGGGUCAAGGAGAGGUGUGCUUCUAA